UUCCUCGCACCUUUUCUCCACCCUUUUGUCGACAAUGUGUGCAUAUGGUUUCCAUCUCUCUGUAUCUGAGUCUCAUCUAUUAGAAAAAUCAAGCUCUAUUAAGCUGUCACAUCUAUCGAGCUUUUGUUGAAUUAUUAAAAUGGGCAAAAAGAGAGUGCUCGUUAGUUAUGGAGUUCACGUCGACGCUGUUGCAGGCUGGCUGGGCUCCUAUGGCGGAGAGGAUUCGACCAACGAUAUCAGCCGAGGCAUAUUUGCUGGUACUGUUGGCACACAGCGGUUGCUCAAGCUCUUUCGCAAAUAUGACAUCAAGACCACUUGGUUCAUCCCAGGACACAGCCUCGACUCGUUCCCAGAAGAUAUGAAGGCCGUGAGAGAUGCUGGCCAUGAGAUUGGCCUGCAUGGCUACUCUCACGAGAAUCCGACCGCCAUGACGAUAGAGCAACAGCGGCAAGUAUUAGAUAAGACGUACCGCCAGCUCGCGGAGUUUACCGGCAAACCGCCCAGGGGUAGUGUCGCACCAUGGUGGGAAACCAGUCGCGAAGGUGCUCAACUUCUCUUAGACUAUGGAAUCGAGUACGACAGUAGCAUGAGCCACCAUGACUGUCAGGCCUACUAUCUUCCUGUGGGAGCAUCAUGGACCAAAAUUGACUAUUCCAAAAAUGCCGAGGAGUGGAUGAAGCCCCUUGAUAUGGGAACUGACACAGGCUUGGUCGAGAUUCCAUCAAAUUGGUAUCUGGAUGACUUGCCACCAAUGAUGUUCAUCAAGAAAGCACCAAACAGCCAUGGCUUUGUCAACGCCCGAGAUGUUGAGGACAUAUGGCGCGAUCAUUUUGACUACUUUUAUCGAGAAUAUGAUGAAUUCAUUUUCCCCGUGACGAUCCACCCAGAUGUUUCGGGCCAUCCGCAUGCUUUGCUCAUGCAUGAGAGGCUCAUUGAACACUUCAAAAAGCACGAGGGGGUCGAGUUUGUGACGAAUGAAGAAAUCUGCGACGAUUUUAAGGCUAGAAAUAAACCGGCGCCAGGAGCCAUAAUGCCAGCAGAACGAGGUGCUAUGCUAACAAAACAACCUCAGAGACCCUAAGAUAGCCAUGUAUGAAGAGAUGCAUUGCACAUAUUGUAGUUUAGCGGUAUCCUCGUUGAGGAACAAAGAAAGCACCGAUAGUUACCUAUGAUGGGAAGGAAAAAGAACAGAAUUCAUAUAUAAACAGAUGGGGUU